UCCAUCGACAGAAACACGGCAGCCAGCCAAAUGGCCACCACACCACCAGCCACCCGCCCACCGCCUUCCUUCGUCCUCGUGCUAGUCCUGGAGAUGCCAUUGACAACCAACACCUACUUAUCCUCCCUCGCAAUGCCGCAUAUCUUUUGCCCCUCCCCAUUGACCUCCUCCCUCGUUGCAUCCGUCAUCAUAGUGCCCUCCAUUAUUAUUUCUCGUCGCUGCCGAUAAUCCCGUAUCGCUGCCUCUUUGGGUCCUGCCCGAACGUCUCUCGUCUCAGAAACACCCCCUGCGUGUCAGAAUUCCCAUGCACACGGCUCGUCGUCUUUUCUACCCGCUCUGCACUACACUCCAUCUGAAUAUUGUCCGCCUGCAAAGCAGAAUAGAAGCAAAGGAAUAGAAGAAAAGAACAAACCUGCAGUCACCCAACAGCCAUCCAUUGGGUCAUACCCAUCUGCUGCACCAUCAUCAAAAACAACACGCCAACCACCACCGGUUCCCCCGCAUACAUACCUACACACAUAAUAUAUCCACACGCCUCAUCGCAUACAUACCUACAUAGACACGUACAGACACGCGAAUUGCAGCGCCUGCAUUGCUCCUUCGGACCGGCCAUCCCUUUCCCGAAUUGUCAUCCUCCCGCAUAUUAUCCCCUUUUGCUAGACACACAGAAAAAUGGUUCUGUGCCUGGCGCUUCAGGUUUGAGACGUUCCUCAGACAUCUGCCACCUCCGCAUCGCUGCACCCGCUUCGGCCUCAUUCAUCCCCCCCGGCCUUUGUGCGCUUCACCUCUGCCUGAUCCAUCACCCUGUCCGCCCGCUAUUAUCUCGCUUUGCCAUCGCUUCCCUUGCGCCUUGACUGCAGCAAACAACCGGGUUCCUACGUUUGAGCCACGCCUGCCCCUCGUCAGCUCGCCAGUUUCAUCCCACAUCCACUCCCAGUCCGUCUUCGCCUUUCUCAUCCGAGAUCCACCUGAUCUACCACCCCCGGUCUCCUCAACGCCCGAAGCUUAACAUCUAAUAGCCCUCGCCUCCCAGUCGCAACCCUCCUCUUCUCUCCCUCUCUACCUACCCUCUCCCUCUCCCUCUCCACCACAUCCCACACUCCUCCCCCACCCGUCCCCUCGACGACCGACAUUCUUUAACUUCGAUUCGUAUCUGGCUGGCCGGGUUGAACAUCGACUGGAUUCCUCCUCCUUCCGGCCGACGAUUCUUUUCUUUUCCGCAUACGCCCUUUAAUCACUUGUUGUAAUCACCGUUGACCGGCACCCUCUCUCUUGCUGCUGUGCGCACACUUGGAUGCUUUGCGCCACGCAAGCGUAGACGACCAACACCAACCCGAGGACAAAACCCUUCACUACCAAUCGCUACACCCCACACUUCAUCAUGGGCGCUUCCGUUUGGCAUGGCUUCUUCACUCCGCAGAAGCUUGUCUUCAACUUUCUUUUCUGGGGUUUCCACUGGGCAAUCUUCGCCAUAGGAUGGUGGAAACAACAAGGCGAUGCACGUCUUGCCCCGCUUAAUGCUCUCCAGUUCUCCGUCUGGAUUUCGCGAGGUGCUGGUCUGGUCCUCUCCGUCGACACCAUGGUUAUUGUCAUGCCCAUGUGCAGGAACAUCCUCCGAGUGAUUCGACCCAAGAUCAGAUGGCUUCCUUUGGACGAAUCCAUGUGGUUCCACAGACAGGUUGCCUACGCUAUGCUGUUCUUCACCAUCCUCCACACGUCGGCCCAUUACGUCAACUUCUUCAACGUUGAGAGGACACAGGUCCGUCCGCAGAUUGCUCUCCAGAUCCACUACUCCGAGGCUGGUGGCAUUACUGGACACAUUAUGUUGCUUUGCAUGCUGCUCAUUUACACGACGGCACACCACAGGAUCCGACAGCAGUCUUUCGAGACGUUUUGGUACACCCACCACCUGUUCAUUCCAUUCCUCCUCGGCAUGUACACACACGCUACCAGCUGUUUCGUGCGUGACACCGCCCCCAGCUUUUCUCCCUUUGACUCGGAGAACUUCUGGACCCACUGCAUUGGUUACGAAGGUUGGCGAUGGGAGCUUUUUGGCGGCGGUUUCUACUUGCUCGACCGUCUCUACCGUGAGGUCCGCUGCAGACGCCAGACUCAAAUCGUCAAGGUCGUCCGUCACCCAUAUGACGCCGUCGAGAUCCAAUUCACCAAGCCUAGCAUGAAAUACAAGCCCGGCCAAUGGCUCUUCCUCAACUGCCCAGAAGUCAGCUACCACCAAUGGCACCCCUUCACCAUCACCUCCUGCCCGCAAGACCCCUACAUCUCCGUCCACGUCCGCCAGGUCGGUGACUUCACCCGCGCCCUCGCCGAUGCUCUUGGUGCUGGACAAUCCCAAUCCAAACUCUAUGACGAACUCGACCCAAUGGGUAUGUACGAAAUCGCGCUGCAGCACGGCCAAAAGAUGCCCGCUCUCCGCAUCGACGGACCCUACGGUGCUCCCGCCGAAGACGUCUUCGAGAACGAAAUCGCCGUCCUCAUCGGUACGGGUAUCGGUGUUACACCCUGGGCCUCCAUCCUCAAGUCCAUCUACCACAUGCGUCUUUCCCCCAACCCUCCCAAGCGUCUCCGUCGUGUGGAAUUCAUCUGGGUCUGCAAGGACACUUCAUCCUUUGAAUGGUUCCAGACCCUCCUCUCCUCCCUCGAAGCGCAAUCCACAAACGGCUCCGGAAACGAACAAGACCAGUUCCUCCGCAUCCACACAUACCUCACGCAGAAGAUCGACUCCAACACGGCGCAAAACAUUGUCCUCAACUCGGUUGGCACCGACAAGGAUCCCCUCACCGAACUCAAAUCCCGCACCAACUUUGGCCGUCCCGAUUUCCACCGCCUUCUCGCCGGCAUGCGCGACGGCAUCAUCGAUCGCACGUACAUGUCCGGUCUCGAGAGCACCCUCCGCACAGACGUCGGUGUCUACUUUUGCGGUCCCAACGUCGCCGCCAGGGACAUAAGGAAAGCUUGCAAAGGCGCAAAAUGCCAGGAAGUCAACUUCAAGUUCUGGAAGGAGCAUUUCUAG